UAGCUCGUCGGUUAGCGUGCUAAGAGUUGAUGUGUGAGGAGAGGAUGAGACAGCAAACCUGCGAAUGAAGCCAUUUCACCACCAACACCAUCAUCUUCCUCCUCCUCAGCUGAUCUUCAUCAGGACAACUGCGACACGCGAGGACUCGCGGUAUUUCUGACAACGUUCAGCGGAAUUAAAGCUUCAGAUGUGAUGAAGAACUCAUGACGCUGACGACGGAUACAAUUUGUGUUUCAAAGACUAACCAGUUAACCAGCGGGCGCAUUUGAUGUGCUAACCGGGAGCUAGCUGACGUUAGCCCGCUGCACAGGUGAUAUUAUUUCUCAUAAUCAGCCUCGUGACAGCUCUCCUGCUUUCUCUUUAAUGGGGGUUUUCUCCCAGUGACGUCACAGCACAGGGUCUGCUGUGCUCUCUUGACGCGUCUCUCACCUGUUUUACAGGAGUGGAUUUCACCCACAUGCAUCACUCGGAGUCCACCGGUGAGUCCACAGGUAGCAGGAGGAUGUCCCACCCGUCUGUGUUCACCGGUCGCAGGGGCAGCGGAGCUGCGGUACAACCCGAUGAGCACCAGACAACAGCGAUGAUGACCCCAUCCGGCUCUUCGUCACCCGGGCCUCAUCAUCCUCCCCACAGCCUGAGCAUCCACCCUCAGGCGCAGAGCGUUGGGGCCCAGGUCAAAAAGAAGAGUGGCUUCCAGAUUACCAGCGUCCUCCCAGCGCAGGUGUCCGCUAGCGCCAACAACAGCAUCGCGGACGACACUGAGAGUUACGACGACAUGGACGAGUCGCACACCGAGGACCUUUCGUCAUCCGACAUGCUUGAUGUGUCCGUUUCUCGAGCCACGGACACGGGCGUUCCCGAGAGGAGCUCCUCUGAAGAAACGCUCAACAGUUUGCACGGAGGUGAGACCCCUGGAGUCGUGUCACCCAACGAGCCCGUAAUGCAUCACCCUCAGCAAGGGUACAUGAUGAACGGUGUCCAUCAUCACGCUCCCCAUCAUCACAGCCAUCAGCCUCCCGGUCAUCACAAAGCUGCCCAGGGAAGACCUGCCGUGUCCCCCGUGGCCACGGUCGGACCCGCGACGCAGGGGAAAGUCACCAGCGGCCGUUCGGUUCAGGCUGCUGUCGUGGAGGGUGGUGGACCGGCAGCGGUGAGCCACCCUGCGGCUUCGACUCCCGUCGCUGGAGCUUUGACAGGAAGCGUUGCGGGUGCAGCCCAGGAAGGCGGAGGUCCGACAGGGGUCGUAGGAAGCGCGACUGUUGCUCCUGUACAGCCGACACCUCCGACUCAGACGACCGUAGCCUCCACAGCAUCCCGCUUCAGGGUGGUGAAACUCGAUUCCAACUCGGAGCCGUUCCGAAAGGGUCGCUGGUCUUGUACAGAGUAUUAUGAAAAAGAUGCCCCGCAUGGAGAUACGGCAGCAGCUCACAGAACUUUGGAGAACAUCAUUAACUCAGAACAUGAGUCCACAAGCAGCAGUUCUUCUCGAAGCACCCUCAGCGGAGGAGGAGCUGGAGGAGAUGUCCCGACACCCUCUCAACUCCACGCUCAUCCCCAAGACCCAGGAGCUCAUUCAGUACUUCAGCCCUCCAUUAACGCCCAGGCUGUCCCUAUGACAGGCAUGUUGAGUACAGACAGUUUAUCUGCUCCUGUUAGACCUCAACCGCCCGUGUCAUAUAGUGUAGAAAUAGCCCAAGUGCAGAGCAGCUAUCCCACAAAACCCCCAGUGUCCGUCAGCCAGCCUGGAAUACCACAUAUGGAAUACGGCCAGAUUUCAUCUGGUGUUCAGCCUGGGGGAAAUCAACCGCUCCAGGUUCCUCCGAUUCAAGGUGCAGUUUCGCCCAGAGCUGCCCCGCUGCCCAUUGGGAUGCCGGGACUUCCGCCGGCAGUUUCUCAGCCCGUAUCUCCGCGGCCACAGGUUUCUGCUCCCCAAAUGGGAGCCCAGCUGUACCCGGAUCAGCAGCAGACUGGAACCCAGCUGUCUUCGUCUAUCGGGUCCAGCGUACCCCCUCAGAGUAACCUGCAACCAGCAUUACAAGGCCACCCGGGAGGACCGGGUCAACAGGGAGGACGUCUGCUACCGGCAGGAGCCUCUUAUAGCGGGAUGAGCGGCGUGACGCCCUCUCAGCUGGAGGACGCCCAACGUCUACUGUUGCAGCAUCACCAGUUGCUGUCUCUGCCGCGUUUGACCGCAGUAGCCCUCGCUGGACCGACUGCGGCUGACGCCGGCACUGCUCUUGGACAGGAUGCGGUGUUUGCAGUAGCGACAGGUGCAGAUGAAGACAGCUCGUCAGGAGCCAGUGUGGUGGCCAUCGACAACAAAAUUGAGCAAGCCAUGGAUCUUGUAAAGAGUCACCUCAUGUAUGCGGUGCGGGAGGAGGUGGAGGUUUUAAAGGAGCAGAUUAAGGAGCUGAUUGAGAGAAACUCGCAGCUGGAGCAGGAGAACACGGUCCUGAAGAACCUGGCCAGCCCGGAGCAGCUCGCUCAGUUCCAGGCGCAGGUUCAGGCCGGAUCGCCCACCUCCGGACCCCAAGCGGCCCUUCAGCCGAGUCUGACGCUCAACCAGGCUCCCGGCCCCACCGCUUAACAUCCUCGCGUGCGUUCAGUUCGGUCUGAAACUGUGAUACUGUGAAGAGACUCCGGCGUUUCGAGUGUUUGCCACGAUCACAUGCAUUGUCAACUCAUGUCGAGCUUUACCUGCCUCAGACAAUCAAUACUGACACAACAACCCCUGCUAGUAAACUCAACCAGAGCGAGAUACAUGUGACUCAUGAGCCUGGCCAAUCACACGCCGCAUGUGGAUCCUGUUCUUCUGUGACAUCAGUGUUAUUAUGGAACGGUGAUGUAAAAUCAUGCUGUUGUUGCCACAUUCUUUUUUUUAUAACAUUUUCAGAAAGCCUUGAUAUUUUUUACUGCUUUUAUUCGUAUUCAUUUUAUUUUUUGCUUGUUUUUCUUUCUCAGUUGUUUUGAUGUAAAAAUGAGCACUUUGUAGUUCAAAUGUACAAGAAAAGGAACCAAUGAGUUGAGUACAUUACAUGAAUAUGUGGAGUAUUGAAAGCUGAUCUGAAUGAUGACGGUGUUACUGUGUUUGUUUGCAUUAUUUAUGUCUCAGUGUUGAUGGAGGGAUAUCAAGUGAAUCUGCUUCAAUUGUGUGUCAUUGAACCCAAGCGUCAUGUUUGUAUGUUCUGUUUGUUUAUUUGUGAAAACAAACGUGGACUGUGAAAUGCGUUUCACCGAAGAGCCGAAACUACAGCACAAAUCUGACAGAAACUCUUUCACAGCCGUCGAAUCAUCGCAGUUUUCUUAGUAUCUUAAAUUAUUUGAAUGAGACUUUUAUCACCAGAAAAGCUUAAUGUUCAUCAUCUGGACACACACUACAAAUCACACAGCUUCAAUCUGUUAUUAUAAUGAUUAUUAUGACCCAUGAGUGUCAAACUGACAUCACGGUUUCUGCAUGUUUCCUUCAAUAAACAACACAAAACAUUGUGACGUCAUACAGUUGCACACGGACUUUAAUAAAAUGUAAAGGAAAUGAGAAAAGUCUUGUGCAGUAUUUUUUAUGUCUGGUUAGAGCUAUUUGUUUUAUGUACAGUACUAGUUACUGUCAGGAUUUAAGAAGGGAUGCUGGGUGGACUUGAGGUAGCAGUGGUUUAUGGAUGCUUACUCAUGAUGCUCUAAUUGGUCUAACCAAAAACUUCAAUCUGUUUUAGAGAUUUAUUAUGUUUCACAUUUUGCCGUUUCUUAUUGGUGGGUUUUAGCAUUAGUGGAGGAGUUUCUGUGAGGCGAUGUUUUAUACUUUAGUCCAGUGAUAAAUAAAUCUUCAGUCACACACAGACUUACGAACAUUCCUCCAAAUAUCUUCCUUUGUGUUCAUCAAAACAACAAAAUUUAUAGAGGUUUGUAACAACAUUUGAGUGAGGAAAUGAUGACAGAAUUUUCAUUUUUAGGUGAAAUAUCCCUUUAAGUGUUUUUGUGCAGAAGGA